GUGGUUUAGCGCGCAAGCGCAACAGCUCCUGGGUGGGGCUCUGGAAGCUGGGAGGGUUUAUGCUUUUGUUUUACAUAGCAGGUGAGUUAACUGAACCAUCUCCUCCGGCUCUACCAGGCCUCUGAAGAACUAGGAAGACAUAACAGCCUUCAAUCAGUCGGUUCGAACCCAGCAAAGGAACCAGAACUUUGCUAAUCAGAUGGAGAAGCCAAAAAGUAACUCUGCCAAAAGAAAAGUUGAAGAGGAAUCCAAACUUUUGCCUCUUUGUCGUGCUAAGCCCUCCCCAAGUUUCAAUUCAUCUUCCAGCAACCAACCAGCCACUUGUCAAAACAAUCAGUCAGCAAAACUACAAACAGGAGUCGACAUUAAAAAACGCCCAGGAUUGCUAGGGCUGCUUGAGUGCAUGCAUGCCAAUCAUCCAACUUCAAACCAAACUUGCCCAACAACAGAUGCCAUCUUAGAAGAUCUACAGUCCUCCAUGACUCUGCUGAUUCCUGGUGUGGAGGGUUAUUACUUCGUUUUCACUCGACAGGGUAAGUAGGGUUGAGCCAGGUCACUUCCCUUGCCCUGGUUGGCCCUCCUCCUCACUACCCUGAAGCCAGAUGUGAUGUGUCCUAAAGGAAGAGAUGCAGAAGUUGUUUUGCCUGGGGAGAUCCGGGAAGACAUGACUCCUGGGGCCACAACUAAUGUGAGGAGGGUUGUUGCCAAGUCUGCCACU